GCCGCACGCGCGUUGAACACUGACAACAGUGACAAGGUGGAGGAACGCAGAGCGCGACUUUUGGCCGUCCAGAAUUGUCAACAUCUCUCGACGGCUUUCGAGCUAGAUAGGCUCACGAAGCGCGCUUGAAGUGCGGUGCUUGGCCUUGCGCCCCAUCUAUGACUGAGCGGCCGCACGAGCAGCUUCAACAGACAAGGGAGGAGGCUAAUCCGAGCAAAUUUGAUGUCGUCUGGGCCUCCGAGGAUCCUGAAAAUCCCUUUCACUGGUCUACUGGUAAAAAAGCAGUGGUUGCAUGUGCUUGCCUGCUAUUGACACUACAAGUGGCGAUUGCUAGCGUCUGCUAUGCUUGGAUAUCUGACGAAGUCGCUCGCGAGUUUGAUUUGUCCAGUACAGUAUCCCUCCUUGGUAUUUCGCUCUUCACUAUGGGGUAUGCCAUUGCUCCGCUCAUCCUUGCGCCCAUCAGCGAGUUAUAUGGCCGCAAACCUGUCUUGUUGGUAACCUUUGCCAUCUUCGUCGUUUUGCAGCUUCCCACUGCUUUGGCGCCAAACUUUAUUUGUAUUGCAUUGUGUCGUUUCUUGGCCGGUGCUGCUUCCUCUACAGGUGGCGCCAUGGUCGGCGGUACAUUGGCUGAUAUGUACACGACUGAUACCCGCGGUUCGCUCAUGGAAUACUUUACGGCCGCAACGCUUCUUGGCUCACCCGUCGGCAGCGUCUUCCCGGCCUAUGUCGUUGCUGCACCAAACCUAGGUUGGCGUUGGGUGUUUUGGAUACAACUCAUCAUCGAUGGAGUGAUCUUGUUGGCCUUCUUUGUGGUUCUCAGCGAGACUCGAGGCUCAGUGAUUCUUUCGAGACGGGCCUUUGACUUACGACAAUCAACUGCAGAUGAUGCAGAUGAUCGUUACAGAUACCAAGGCGACGUCAACAAAGAGUCUUUUAGCGCCAUGGUCCGCUCGUCAUUGACAUUUCCAUUCAUGUUUCUCUUCUGUGAGCCUAUUGUUGCAUUCCUGAGCUUAUGGGUUGCAUUCGCAUGGGGCAUCUUGUAUCUUUUUCUCAUCGCUGUGCCACUCGUCUAUACUCAAGUCUUUGGCUGGGUUGAUGGCAAACGUUCGCUACCUUUUCUUGCGAUGGCCGUCGGCUGUACAAUUUCCCUGGCAUUUGCUCCUCUUCAGAAUCGGUGGUACUUGCGCGCGAGUAAGUCCCAACCAAACCACUUCAAUCCUGAAGCAAGAUUAUACACAAGCAUGUUUGGGUCGCUCUCUUUCACCAUUGGCAUCUUCAUUUUUGGCUGGUCAGCAAAAGACGUUGACAGUCACUGGAUCGGGCCUGCAAUCGGCAUUGUUUGCGUAACAUUUGGCAUCUUUUCUAUUUACAGUGCCGUCUUCUCCUAUCUGAGUGAUUGCUAUGGUACCUGGACAAGCUCAGCACUGGCUAGUCAAUCCUUCUUGCGCAAUAUUUUCGCUUCGUCAUUUGCAUUAUUUGGCAAACAGCUCUACCAGCAACUCGGCAUACAAUGGGCAUCAUCGCUGCUUGGAUUUCUGUGUCUCAUGUUGAGCUUCACGCCUUUCGUUCUGUUUCGCUAUGGUGCCCAGAUCAGAGCCGCCUCAAAAUUCGCCACCAGCAACGCUACAGUGAGUCAUGUACAACGACCACAGCAAGGCAAGGAUGGUGGAGAGCGCAUCUGGCUCAAGGGCUAGAAGAGCGAUGCAAGUCAUAGAUCCCAGGAACUGCGUCGUCUAUCUCGUCCAUUGCACACCACGAAAGGUUCUUCUAGCGACUGAGUUUUACGCGCAUCGCAGAAAAUCUGGAUGACUACCGAACACUUGGUGACGAAAAGGGCGCAGGGAUUCAUCUCACUCUUGCAGUCAAGCGACCGCAGUACAAUGGGACGCCGCCUGAAUC